AUGUCGUUGUCGGACUCUCCGCCGCGCUGGGCUCCCACCCAUGUGCAGGUAACGGUGCUUCAGGCCCGGGGGCUGCGGCCCAAGGCCAAGGGGGCCGGCGGCGGCAGCGACGCCUACGCGCUGAUGGCGCUGGGCAAGGAGAAGUUCGCCACCUCGGUGUCGGAGCGCUGCCUGGGCUCGCCCGUCUGGCGGGAGGAGGCCACCUUCGAGCUGCCCCCCCGCCGGCCCGGCCACGGCGGCGAGCCGGCCCUGCAGCUCACCGUGCUCCACCGCGCCCUGCUCGGCCUCGACAAGUUCCUGGGGCGGGCCGAGAUCCGCCUGGCCGAGCUGCAGGAGGAGGGCGGCCGCCGCAGCACCCGGUGGUAUACACUUCACUCCAAACCAGGCAAGAAGGAAAAAGAGAGAGGAGAGAUUGAGGUGGAUAUUCAGUUCAUGAGGAGCAACAUGACAGCCAGCAUGUUUGAUUUAUCCAUGAAAGACAAGUCCCGGUCUCCAUUUGGCAAGCUGAAAGGCAAACUCAAAGGAAAGCGGGCCAAUGGACUGCCUGACACGGCGUCUGCCAUCAUUCCCAGCAUAACUCACUCGCCAGCGGAUAGUGAAGAGGAAACACCUGAGAAAGAAAAGAAAAAAUCCAAGAUCAAAACCCUGUUUUCUAAACCUGGUUUGCAGAAAACCUCCCUCUCCCAGUCCAUGUCAGUUUUACCUGGUUUUCAGCCAGUGACGGAGAAAGUUAGGCUUAAACCUGGUGACUUUCAGGCAAAGUGGGGGGAAGAUGAUGAUGAUGAUGAUGAGUCCUUUCCUCCAAAUUCAGAAAAGACCUUUGGAAACAAAGCUGAAGAUAACUCACUUCAUGUUCCUGUACUCAUGGCUCAUAAGAGAACAGCAAGUGCAGACAAUAAGCAACUAAACGAAAUAACCUCCAGCAACACCAAGAAAGAAGGGCUCUCCUUAUUCAGUGGCCUUAAAUCCAAAAAUGAUCCCACACCCCGAUCCAACGUGUGUAUCAAUGGCAAUCAUGUUUAUCGGAAGGAAAGUGAAACAAAAAAGGAAACCAUGUCAAAGGACAACACUCCUUCCUCUUCCCCUCAAACAUUCAGGAAAAACCAGCCCUCUGAAUCAGAAGAAAACCUGUCUUCAAAAUCCACUAAGGAACAUGAAAAGACAGGAAGAAUGUCUCCUAGCAGAGGUUUAUCUGGGUCACACUCAUUGGAGUCCUUUAAGUCUAUGACUCUACCAUCAUACAAACUACUUAGCGGUGGAGAUUUACUGGGAAAUAGUGCUUCACUGAGUUUAGAAACUGCAAAAGAAGAAACUAAAGAGGACAAAAAACAAGAGAACAAGAAGUCUGCUUUGUUGUCUCUAGUCACAGGAAGAAAGGAAGUAGUGAAAAACAGUGAUGUAGAAAACAUGUCUGACAUGACUUUGAAGGAGAGAGAAGCCAAACUUCUUGAAGAAAAAAAAAAUGAAAAAGAGGUAAAACCUGUUGAAAUCCCUAAGGACUAUAACCAAGAAAGUACUCCAAAAAACAGCAACACAGCAGAUAUUCCCAGAAACAAGAAAUCACAUAACCCCUUUGAUGAAUCGCUCAUGGAAGAACAGAAACCAGACAAGUCUGCAGCCUCUGCAAGGACAAUCCAAACCAAAGCUGUCAAACCCAGACUGGGAGUGUCUUCAGAGGAUGAAACCGAAGCCACGCUUCCUACUUCUGUACCUGAUUCCCUUCCUGCUUUCCUUUCUGCACAUCAUUCUAGUAAUGACAAUAACCCUUUCACUUCUAAAUUGGGACAAAAAAUUAAAGCACGAGACUCUAGUAGCCCUCUUCCUCCAUCUCUCAUUUCUGGACAACGUUCUAAUGAUAACGCUUUCAUUUCUGACUGGGAACAGGAAUCCAAAGCACAAGAUUCUGAAAGCUUCAUUAGUCCUCUCUUGUAUUUCCCCCAUCCUCCUGCAACUCUGGGGCAUGUUUCUCUGCCUCUCCUUUCUACUCACCUUUCUAUUGACAAUAAUCCUUUUGUAUCUAAACUGGGACAGGAAUCAAAAGUGCAAGACCUCAAAAGCUUUACUAGUCCUCCCUCUUUCUCCCUUCCUUCUGCUGUUUCUAACAAAAGCUAUUGUUCCUUUGCAAUAAACUUUGCUGAUUCGGAGCACCCUGCUUUUGUUUCUUCAGAGGAGUCUCAAAAUGAAAGUUUGACUAAUGAUACAAAUACUGUAUCAAAUUCUCUGGGGUCACUGUCUGAGUCAUCUCCUCUGCCUGUGUAUGAAAGGGUUGGGCAGACCCCAAAGAAACAGUGUGAUGCCCAAGAGGUACAGAUAGUAUCACCGGAUAAAAAAAAUAACAGCGGCGUUAAGAAAUCAGUGACCUUUCAUCUUGAUGAGUUGAAAAAUACUGAUUCCAGCAGAAAUCAUGCUGAGGCGUUAGACAGAGAGCAGCGUGAGAGAUGGCAUCCUGAUCAAUGUGAAGAAAUGUUCACUACUGAUCCAACCGUAAUAGAAAAGAGACAAGGGUUUGCCUCUGUGCUGGGUAUGGAGUGCUACCGUUCAUCUAAACUCUGUGAUGAAAGUAGGAGUUCUGUUCAGAACAAUGAGAGCACUGUUCAGGAUGACGUUGAAGCCAGCAGUACAAGUGCUGAAACCUGGGUGAAAGAUGGCAAAGAACUAACUUCUCUCUCCAAGUCUAAUUAUAGCCUUUCACCUGGGAAUGCUGUAAUACAGCCAUCUUCUGCUGAAAGCAAAUUAAACGAGGAGCAAGAACUAUGUAGUGGAAAGAAAAGUAAGCAGUCACUCAAAAUGGAAGAAUUUGGGCUCGCAUUACAGUCCAAGGUAACUCUUGCCAUCAAAAGUGACUCUUCAGUUCAAGUAGAGCCGCCAAAACCAACUCCAAGAGUUCACACGUUGCUUCCUAAGGACCCUAACAUGUCAGAGGAUGUUAGUGAGCUCAAUCCUCUAUUUGCAAAGCCAAAGCCUGCCCCAAGAAAUGCAAAGCCAAAGCCUACCCCAAGAAAUGCUGUAAAACUAAAUAAGUGUGCACCUGUUUCUCUGACUGGUAGACUGAAAGAUGAAGAGCUGCUUACUCCAUCUGACAGCACAAUGUCUGGGUCUGGAUUUGUGUUUCAUAGAGAGAAUCCCAUGAACCCACAUGAAAACCCAGCAGGUGACAGCUUAUUAAAAACAGCCACUCGGUCAACUACACAUCAUCUUGGCAGAGAUGAUAGCAAUAAUGGACACUUAAAACACAAAACUUAUGGUCAUGAUGAUUCAUUAUUUGAGUCUAGAACAGACCUUAAGUCUGCCAUUCCAGUUACUGGAGAUCAGAGUCUAACACAUGUUGGCCUUCCAGUUAUUCCAGAAGUAGGAUCAGAUGAUGAGCUUCUAGACAGCUAUCAAAAGAACAAUGAAAUGACUGCAAUUUAUCAAAGUUUUCCAAAUACUGAAAAUCAGUGUAUAGAUUCAUUGUCUGUCACUGAGGAAGAAAAACUCAGUUCAGAUAUGAGCUCUACUGAUAGAGCAAGUAUAUUGCUUCAGAAGGGAGAAGGAGGCCCUGAAGAUACUUUUAAAUCUAGCAAAUCAUCCAAACUAAAUUCAGUAGUAGACAUUCAUAGUGCAAGCAGCAAGGCUAGUGAGUCAGGUUUAGAUAUCCUGUCUUAUCCCAGUGAGCAUGGAUGUGUUGUUGAGGAACAGGAACUGAAGGAAUCUAGCAGUAUUAAGGAAAGUAGGAAGAGUGAUUUUUUUGAGCCCUCUGAAAAGUCUGUUUCUUUUACCUCCCUGUCCAGUUCUUCCCAACUCUCCCUUUCCUCUAGUUCCCCCCAAUCUGGCGCUUGCGACAGUAGUAGAGCAGAAUCAGUGAAAAAGCCACCAGCAGAGAGCUUCAAUCAUAAAGUCGAAAAUGCUGGCAAGAAGAAGGUGCUUCGGGCAUGGGUUUCACCCUCUGAGACACUUCCCAAUCAAACACAACAGAGUGGUGGAAGUGUGUCUGUUAAGCACAGACCUCAUCCUGUGAAGCCAAUGAACACCACAGCAAAUAAGUCGCAUACUAAAAAUUUGACCACAACCACAAAAAUGGAUGAAAACUGGACUGAGAGCAAUAGAAAGAAAUAUGAUCCUUCGGAACCUGCCUAUGCUUAUGCUCAAUUAACACAUGAUGAGCUGAUCCAGCUGGUGCUGAGACAGAAGGAUACCAUUACAAAGAGAGAUCUCCAGGUGCGGGAGCUAGAAAACUACAUUGAUAACUUGCUUGUCAGAGUCAUGGAAGAAACCCCCAACAUUCUUCGGGCUCCAUCUCCAAAAAAUAAGGCUGGAAGGAUGUAAAACCUCUGCCAGUAAACCUGAAUAAAGGACUGGACUCCAAUCUUAUUACUCAAACUUCACAGGUAGAUAAUGUGAAGUUGCUGAUGUUCUGGUACCUGCUGCCUACAAAAAAAAAAAUCACUUUUCUGCGUCUCUUGCAAAAAGUUGAUUCCACUUAGCUGGAGACUAGUUAAUAAUUAUACCAGGUCUUGAAUACAUAAGCCAAAAAUACAAUAGUCAGAAGUCUUCCACCUUUCUUUCUGGUACACUGUAAAUAUUUUACCACCACCUGGGAGGCAUUGUUAAAGAAUGUAAUCAGAGGCCUGAGAUUCAUGUGGCUGUGAAUGUUUUUGAAGCCACUUUUCUCAGUGAGGCACUGAUGGUUGUUGGCUUCUGAGCUUCUUUAUUUUAUUAGUUUUGGGAGUUUAGCUUAAGGGUUGGUGUUUUAAAAACUGAACCGGGUUUCUCGGACUAAGAACAACAGUUGUUCUUAAUUCUAAGACUUAAGUUGUAGUGCAAUAUAAGCCAUCACAUACACUAAUUCAAGGAUUUGAUUGCUUUGUUCAAAUAAUUAUAUUACAGAAGUUGAAAUGCACUCCAGAAAGAGGUUUGGGUUACCAUAAGUUGCCUUAUUGUAAAAAAUGUAAUGCCCUUUAAACAUGCUGUAAAAUUGGAAGGCCUUUAAAUCUACAUGAAAAUGUGACUAUUAAUGAAGUGUCUACAUGUCAUUUUGGGAAGGGAAGCUCAAAGCCUGUAUAAACCUAGUGUUGAAAAAUUUCAAAGCAGUCCUCUGAGCAGGCUAUUAUGGCUGCUUUAAUAUAGCAAAAAUCAAACAAAGAUAUAACUGCCAUUCGACUACAUGAUUAAAGAACAGUUACAAAUUUUAGACGAUACAGGUCUGUCGCAUCUUACACGCAUUUAACAUGCGUGAUUUCAACUUUACGC